CUUAUGCUAUGAUAUAAUGGAAUCAACUCUUGGCAAGUUCCGUCAACGCCCGAGGUUUCCGCGGCUCCUAUUGGUUCCAAACGAUGUCUUCGGUGCCAAGGAGGACCUCCGUUUCGCACCUUGCCUAAUAUGGAAGUCAUUGACGCGGGCUGGGCGGUCGGAGAUAUGUCGGCCCGGCCGCGGCUCAGCCACACUGCAAUUCGCAGACAAGAACAAGAAUGGCUGCUUCCGGCUUCACCUCGAUUCUCUAUCUAGCUCCUCCUCCCCUCCUCCUCAUCAGCAAGCAAGCAGCUAUCACCCAUUUCCAUCAGAAAACACCCUGCCAUCAUCAAUCUCGCUCACGAUCUCUCUUCUCUUCUCUUCUCUCCUCUGCUUGAUUGAUUGCAACCACACCAUCUCCAGAAAAGCGCGAUAGUGCUUGAGGCUGGCCCCGAUCCAAUAACCCAGCCACAUUCCGUCAUCAGCAUCUCAUAAUAAGCAACACUUUUCUACAGCAGUUAAUCAAUCAUCUAUAUUUAUAACCCCUACUCCACGACAAGCCAGUCUCCCUUACUUCAUCCUUUCCCUUUAGAAAACAGAUCCUUCUCUCAUCUCGGAGACUGUCCCGUCGCAAAGAUGCAUCUUGCUCGUAGAUAUGACUGCUACGAGGAGUUAGGACGUGUCUACUGCAGAUCAGCCUGGAGCGACUGGGGUCGCUGGGUUGCCCUAGUCAUCGUCGUUCUCGGUGCUUUCCUCGUCUUCCUCGCCUUUGCUUGCAUCUCCUCCCGCCGCCGCCGCCGUCGCGGCCAACAACCCUUCCACGGCACAGGCUGGGCCGCCCAGAACACUUUCUGGCAGCAACAACAACAACAGAAUCAACCACCCAACAUGCCUCCGCCCCAAUACACGCCGAAUAGCGGCUACUACGGUCCCAAGCCUACUUACUUUGGCGGCCAGCAGCAACCGCAGCCACCCUACCAAUAUCCACCACCGCAGGAACAAGGCGUCGAGCUGCAAACGCCGCAGAAUGUCCAUCGGGCUGGGGAGCCCGUUUAUUCGCCGCCGCCUGGGCCGCCUCCUGCGAAGUAAGGCGGUUUUGGGAAGGAAAUAAAAUUUAAGAAAAAUUUUAAAUCAUUUUUUUUCCUAUUGAGAAAGAGAGGUAGAAGGUAUUAUAAAUUAUAGUACUCUUAAAAAAUUCCCUUUCUCUCUCUAUUCUCUCUUUUUUUUUGCCUUCUGAAGUCAUGACUCAUUAUAGCAUCUGAGAGUUAGUUAAUUUUUGAUUUUUGCUUGCAUGACAUUGUGUUUUCCUAGUUUAUUAUUUUACUUUUUUUUUAUUUUCUUUUCUUUUCUUAUCUAAGUAGUUAAUGAAUGAAUGUAUUUAGAAUUGAA